AUGACAUCUUGUGUUCUAAAGAGGAGUCGACUGCACCUUCUCCUGCGCCGUGGGGUCCAAUCAGGGGUCAAGCAGGCGCGACGUAUACCCUCACUCUCCCCUCCCCCUCUCCCCCCUCGCCGCAUGACCCCGCAUAGACCCCGAGACGUAUUGUUCACGGCGCCGAGAGAGAACAGGGACACCAAAUGCCGCCAGAGUUCCGACUGCUUCAUGUGUUGGAACUCCUGUGGCAUCCUACGACACCAGAUGGACGCUUGGACUACGAUGUGCAAAGAUCACACCGUCUGUUUCCCAGGGUGUCAGAUUGCCUGCGGCUUCUACUUGGACGGCCCGCCUAACAAAAGGGGCGUCCCGGGGCCUCCCUCGGACACGCCCCCCGUGCCCCUCCCCGCCUAUUUGCCAGCCCCGAGAGUCAGUGGGCGGAGCCAGGUUACGUGGGCGGCUCCUGAUUGGUCCGGGAGCGGCGCCCCCACCCCCGGAGAUGACGUCAUCUACGUCCUGUUGAAGGACAGUGGCAACGGAUGGCGGGAGAUUUUGCAGACCUCGGCGACGCAGGCCCCCCUCCCGCAGGAGCCGGAGUCCCCGCGGGCGAGGCUGAGGCUCCUGGCCGUGACGCAGGAGGGGCUCGUGGCGGCGUCGGAGGGCCAGGUCGAGGCGGCGAGUCAGGGGAGGAGAGGACAGGUCUCGGAUCAGGUGGAAUCCUUCCACGCGGAGCCUCCUUUGGCACUGCCCAACAGGGACAUCGUUGGCCACAGUAGUUCACCUCAUGACGGCGGCUUCGAGGCGGCCCCGAAAACCCACGGAGCCACGCACGAAUUCCUCUCCGAUGCCUCUACAGCGUAUUCGCACGAGUAUCCGAACCAAGCGACGGAAAUCGUUUCGUUGGAUCCUACAUGGACGAUUGAAGUUAUUGGAGUCCAUCUGGGUCCCUUAGCUGAGGUCUCUGUGGGAUGGAGUCCACGGGGUUCAGGGGGCGUCGAGUACCUUGUGUCUUGGGUCGAAGAGUCUGGCUCGGUCUCAGGUCACCUUCUCACAGACCAGGUCACGAGCGAACUCUCUCUGUGGCCGGGCCAGGCAUAUUACAUUCAGGUGGAGCUGAUUGAUAGCCAAGGAAACCCAGUUCUAAGAAGUCUCGCCACACCAGUCAGGUUUGCCAAGACUUCGACCGAGGCAGACGAACAUACAGAGACAAUUGCUGAAGCAGAACACCCUUAUUUGCCCACGACAGACGUGACCAUGUUGACCCACACCGCCCCCGCUGAAGUUCGAGUUUGGGAACCUUCAACGGAAGAAACAGAUCGACUCACCGCCUCUGCUGGAGUUCGAACGCGAAGCUCUACAGAAAGCACAGACUGGACUACAGAGAUGAAUGCAGAUCCCACAGGUGCUCAGUAUGUUCAAGACACGAACCUCAUACAUCGACAUGUAGAACUACUUAACAAUCAUCAAAACGUGUCCUCAGAGGAAAAAGACGAGUACAUAAGCCAGAUCCUGCAAGAGAGGACUUACGAAGUCAUCAAUACGCGCACGAGCACCGACUUCGCCCAACAGGAGGAGGAUCUUUUACCCGAAGUCUCGGCCAAGGAGAUUCAGACCGACGCCGCCACCGACCGCGUAUCGGAAAUCCUGAUCUGGUGCGCCGGCGUGGGCAUCGGCAUGCUGCUCGUACUCACCCUGUGCAGUAUGGUCAUCUGGCUCUUGGGCAGGUGUCGUCGAGGAGGCCCUAGGAACGAAGAAUGCCUCGAGGAAGGACUCAGCAGUCUGAGGAGCUCCUUCAGGACGGGCGGUACCAAGCAGAACCAAAGAAAUCCAACGACGUCUUGGACAUUCGAAAACUUCUGCUCCUCGGAGAGAAAGCCGAACUUGGUCAACGGUAGAAAGGAGGCCGUGCCGUCCGGAAUAGACAAUGCCUCUCUAGUUGAAAAUUAUGUCAUAAUGUUAGAGUCGCCUGCGAGUGGGAGUGAAGCAAAUCGCUAGUCACUGUUUGCGUUCGUACAUUUAAGCUAUAAAUAUGUAUAUGUGUAUGUAUGUAGAAAUAUGAUGGCUGCAUAUGGUACCUGCUUUACAGACUUUUGAAAUGGCUUCGAUCCCAUGAUAGUUUUUAUUAUUUUUUAUACUUAUCAUGAAACUUGCGACCCAUGGACUGCAUUCAGCACAUUUCAUAUAUUAUAAUAGAAAGCAGAUGCGAUUUCAAUAUUGAAAGGUUUCCCCCUUUUUUAUGCAAUCGCCACUACCACAGGACAUGAAUAAGAGGUCUGGAAGCAAUAUUAGAAGAUAGUAUAUUUU